AUGGAGAAUUCGCUUGCGGCACUCGACACCACCACAAUUGAUGAGAAUCUCGUUGGAUCCAUAUCCCAGAUUCUGAAUGAGCAUGGCAUACCCAGCGUGCAAUGGGGCAAUUACCUACUCACACUCUACGGCGUACCUUCAAUUGUUGAUGUGAGCUUCGCUUCGUACUAUCUCAAAGCAAGAUUACAUAACUAACUUCUUCAAGUCAAUCGACUUCAUAGUCCCCGACUCGCUCAUCCCAAACGCCACACAUGCUCUCCAACCAACCGGCCUUCUCGCCUGCACAGAACCAAGUACAUGCACCGCAAUCGCAAAGAACCGAGCGUCUCCAAUUCCGAAAUCCCACUUCCACAUCGACUCCGAAUUUACCGUUUCUCUGUAUGAGCAAUCCACAACUCUGUGGGUUCUCCCGUCGCUGACACAAUCCACACAAUCCGUGGACAUCAUUUCUGCAUCUGAUUCCCGUCUGCCCACCAAACGGCCAGGUCGUGGACAUGGCAGGUUUCGUAAUACGACUUUCCCCGUCCAGAUCCCAACGGCGCACCGACUUCUGGAAUCUUAUGUACGAUCUAUUGCGAUAGCGCGUAGAGGCUCUUAUGUGGGGUUCUUUUUGGAUAUGAUUACGUAUGUUGAGGAGCAUGUGGACGGUGAUGGGUUGUUGGAUGUUAGUGGACUUGAGGGUCGUUGUAGGGAGUUUUAUGAGGGUUUUAUUGGGUUUCGGAAAACCUACUAUUGCGCUUCUUGAUGAGUUGGAGGAUGCGUUCGUUGGUGGGACUACUACGAAGGAGUAAUUCUAUUCUGCGAUAAGAUGG